AUGUGCGACGACGAAGCUCCGGCUAUGGUAAUCGACAACGGUUCCGGAAUGUGUAAAGCAGGUUUCUCUGGAGAGGAGACUCCACGUUCUGUUCUCCCAUCAAUCGUAGGGCGUCCUCGUCAACAGGAGCUCAUGGUUAGAUUGGUACGUAGGGACACCUAUGUUGGAGACGAGGCUCAGACUAGAAGAGGGCUGCUUACCUUGAGUUAUCCCAUAGAUCAUGGCGUCGUCACGAAUUGGGAUGACAUGGAGCAGAUCUGGCACCACGUGUUUUACAAUGAGCUUCGUAUCGCUCCUGAAGACCAUCCCGUGCUUCUAACUGAAAGACCGUUUAACCCUAAAGCUAAUCGAGAGAAAAUGACACAGAUCAUGUUUGAGAGUUUUAAUACUCCCGGUAUGUACAUAGCCAUCCAAGCUGUACUGUCCUUAUACGCUUCCGGGCGUACCACUGGAGUAGUUCUGGACUCCGGAGAUGGAGUCACUCACACCGUCCCUAUAAAUGAGGGAUACGCUAUAUCCCAUGCAACCUUCCGUCUUAACGUUGCGGGUAGUCAACUAACUGACUACAUGGCGAGGAUUCUCACUGAACAAGGCUACUGGUUCACCACCACUUCAGAGCUUGAAAUUGUCCGCGAACUUAAAGAAAAAUUGUGCUACACAGCUCUAGAUUUUGAAAAGGAAUUGUCCACGGCUUCCUCGUCAUCCUCUACCCACACGUCGUUUUCGCUUCCCGAUGGAAAAUUAAUUUCCGUUGGAGCCGAGCGUUUUCGAUGCACUGAAGCUCUCUUCCAGCCAUCACUACUCGGAGUAGAAGCUCCUGGUGUCCAUGAAACUGCCUUUAACUCGGUUAUGAGAUGCACUACUGACAUCCGAAAAGAUCUGUGGGCCAACACUGUUCUGACGGGAGGAAACACCUUGUUUCCCGGCCUUCCUGAGCGCAUGGACAAAGAAUUGACUGCUCUAGUUCCUAUGUCGAUGAAUGUGAGGAUCAUUGCCCCUCCUGAUCGUAAAUAUUCAGUCUGGAUGGGUGGAUCUGUUCUGGCCUCUUUGCCAACCUUCCGGGAAAUGUGGGUCACAAGGGACGAGUACCAUGAAAAUGGACCCACCAUUGUUCACCGAAAGUGCUUCUGA